AUGGCUACCAACAUCCGCCGCGCUUUCUCUUCCACCGCUAGAGCACUCCUUGAGAUCAUUUGGGAGGGAACUAAAUCACACCCAAAAUAUGAGGAUCUUCUGAAGGAGAAGAUGAAGAAGAACCGAAAGUUGUCUGGAGCUGACAAAGUCAAAUUUGCUGGAGAACCUCAUACAUCUGACAAAGACAAAGAGCUGCGCGCUUCUGGUCAGAUUUUUCAGGGGCAGUCUCGUCUCACUUCUGUCCAUGUUUAUGAGAACGGCACUGUCGAAUAUUCCAAAGCAAGUUUCAAUGGCGCGCAGGAGUAA